GCGGUCGGUCUGCGCAGCGUGAAGUCGAAAACCGCACAGUCGAUGAAUCGAUUGGAUCGGUGAGCUUCAUUUCGCCUGUGUCCGUUGCUAAUAUGAGAACUUAUUGCUAUGUAGCAUCGUGCUAGUUGAUGAGUUACGAAUAAACACGCUAUUACAUCUAGCUUUCAUUUUUUACGUGUAGGUUUUUUAAAAAUGUUGAGUUCGACAUGGAAUUUCAUCAAACGCCAUAAGAGGAAAUUCAUCUUUACGGGAGUUUUUGUUGGAGGUGUUUAUCUACUUGGUAAAUAUGCACAGAGAAAAAUUCAGGAUAUACAAGAGCGUGAGGCAGCUGAAUAUAUUGCUCAAGCUCGGAGACAAUUUCAUUUUGAAAGUAACCAGAGGACAUGUAACAUGACAGUGUUAUCAAUGCUUCCUACUCUAAGAGAAGCGAUCAUACAUCAUCUCAACUCGGAGACCCUCACUACUUUGCUUAAGACUAAGCCAGCCAAUAAGCUUGAAAUCUGGGAGGAUCUAAAGAUAAUCAGUUUUACUCGCAGCGUUGUGGCUAUUUAUAGCACUUGUAUGUUGGUGGUCUUGCUGCGAGUUCAGCUCAACAUAAUUGGUGGCUAUCUGUACCUGGACAACUCUGUGACAAAGAACGGAGCGACCCCUUUAGCCCCUCCUGAUGUUCAGCAACAAUAUCUGUCAAGUAUUCAACACCUUCUUGGAGAAGGACUCAUUGAACUGAUAACUGUGGUGAAGAAAGCUGUCCAGGAAGUUCUUGGACCGAUGUCACUGAGGCAGAGUUUAUCCCUGCAAGAGUUGGAGGAACAGUUAACUCGGAUCAGACACAUAGUUGAAGACAGUACUUCCUCUAAGCACAAAAGUCUUUCCUGGUACAUGAUGCCUGAUGAAGAAAACACGCUAGCUUCACAGGCAUGUGGUCUCACUGAGAAUGAUAUCACAACAAUAAAACUGCUCAAUGAAACGAGAGACAUGCUUGAAAGUCCGGACUUCAGUACUGUACUCAGUACGUGCUUAAGUCGAGGCUUUGUCCGAUUCCUCGACAACUUGGCAGAGUUCUUCCGGCCUCCACAAGGAGACGCCACCACCUGCAACUCACCUGAUUGCUUAGUAUUGUCACCUGUGAGCCUCCCGCUUGCCAAAAUCAUUCCCAUCAUUAACGGACAGAUACAUUCAAUAUGCAGUGAAAUACCAAGUCACUUUGUUCAGGAUCUUUUGUUGAUAGACCAGGUGAAAGAGUUUGCCGCCAAUGUGUAUGAAACAUUUAGCACACCCCAGGAUCUUCAGAAGUGAGUGUGGGAUCAAGCAAGUAAGACGUUGACUCCUUCCAAAUCCACUUUAUGAAGAGAUUCUCGUGCUGUGCAUAAAAGACACCAUGUCCUGAUAUCGACCAGGCCAAUGGCAACACAUGGUUGACCCGAGAGAUGAGUGCAUAGUUUGCUGAUCGCAUCCUCUGUUUAGUAGGCAUUCAGUAUGGAGUAACUUCUUAUGUCCUGCCAGAUGUGCUGUCUGUUUGACUUAACCUUCCUAACAAAACAGGAUAGUUGCAAAUAACUGUCGAUGUCGUCCCAGGCAUGCCAAGUUUUUACAGGCUGUAAUGAAUUUUUAUUUAUUUUUAAUCCUUGUAGCAUAACAUUCUCACUUUAUUAUUGUGCAAAUGAAUGUCUCACUGGCUGGUGAUCCAUGUAUUUAAACCUGCAUUGUAAAAUUUAAAGGAGAGAAGGUGUAUUAUUUUUAAUUCUAAAAUCACUGCCCCUAGUUUCACUAACUAAAUUUUUCAAAACAGCCCACCUUUUGAACAGUAACAUUGCAUGAUAUUUGAACUGCUGAUGUUUAAAGGAACACGCCCACAUAUUGGGAAUUUAGCUUAUUCACCGUAUCCCCCAGAGUUAGAUAAGUCCAUGCAUACCUUUCUUAUCUCUGUGCGUGCUGUAACUCUGUCUGAUGCAGCCCCUGCUAGCUUAGCUUAGCACAAAGACUGGAAGUGAAUGGCUCCAACUAGCAUACUGCUCCCAGUAAGUGACAAAAAACGCAAACACAUUCCUAUUUAUGUAUUGUGAUUUGUAUAGUCACACCCGUUACAAAAAACAAGGUCAUAAGAGACACAGACAAAAUGUUUGCGUUAUUUUGUCACUUUUUGGGAGCAGUAUGCUAGCUGGAGCCAUUCACUUCCAGUCUUUGUGCUACGCUAAGCUAUGCUAGCGGGGGCUGUGUCAGACAGGAGAUGAGAAAGGUAUGUAUGGGGUUAUCGAACUCUGGGGGAUACGGUGAAUAAGCGUAAUUCCCAAAAUGUGGGCGUGUUCCUUUAACAUUCUUUUACAGUAGUUCUGGUUAACAGCGCUGCUUAGGGUUUUUGUUAUUAGGAGCAUUGUGUAGACUUUGAUUUGGGAUGCUUCUUAUGGAUGGGAACUUUUGCAGGUUGUAGUAUAUUACUCCUUUUGUAUCAUGACCCAUGAAUGUCAAUAAAUAUUUGAGUAUUAAUACUGGACAGUGGACCUAUUAAUUAAAAAGACCUUUUUUGAUUAGAAAACAGUGUACGGUCUGUAAACUAAUAAAACUAAUAAUGUGCAAUAUCAUGGUAGAAUAGUACCACAAUAUAUUGAGAGCAUUGUCAUAAUAAUUGAAGAAGAUGUGUAUUGGUGCACUUAUUGGUCUAUUUAAAGGGAUCAAAUAAAAUUAUGUCGUCAUUUACUCA